AUGAGUAACCCUUUCCAUCAGCUAGUAGAGCCACUUGAUCCUGAUGAACCAGACAAGAAGUUUUUCAAUCUCCACAAGUUAAACGAUGAAAGAUAUGCACGUCUGCCUUUCUCCAUUCGGGUGCUUUUGGAGUCUGCUAUCAGGAACUGUGAUGAGUUUCUUGUAAAACCUAAAGAUGUAGAUAAUAUCCUGAACUGGAAAAUCACCCAGCAUGAGAAUGUGGAAGUGCCAUUUCGUCCAGCACGUGUCAUCCUGCAGGACUUUACAGGUGUGCCUGCAGUGGUGGAUUUUGCAGCCAUGCGGGAUGCAGUAAAGCGAUUGGGAGGUGACCCCAAGAAAAUCAACCCUGUUUGUCCUGCAGAUCUUGUGAUCGAUCACUCUAUUCAAGUUGAUUUCAACAGGAGGGACGACAGUUUACAAAAGAAUCAGGAAUUGGAAUUUGAAAGGAACAGAGAGCGAUUUGAGUUUUUAAAGUGGGGUUCCCAGGCCUUUCAGAAUAUGAGGAUCAUCCCUCCUGGCUCUGGUAUUAUUCACCAAGUCAAUCUUGAGUAUCUAGCCAGAGUAGUCUUCCACCAAGAUGGCUUAUACUACCCUGACAGUCUUGUCGGAACGGACUCUCAUACCACAAUGAUCGAUGGGCUUGGAGUUCUUGGUUGGGGUGUUGGAGGCAUUGAAGCUGAAGCAGUCAUGCUUGGCCAGCCAAUAAGCAUGGUGCUUCCUGAAGUAAUUGGCUACAAAUUGCUUGGAAACCCUCACCAUUUGGUGACCUCCACAGACAUUGUACUCACUGUAACUAAGCAUCUUCGUCAAGUUGGUGUUGUGGGAAAGUUUGUGGAAUUUUUUGGCCCAGGUGUUGCUCAGCUUUCUAUUGCUGACAGAGCCACUAUUGCCAACAUGUGCCCAGAAUAUGGAGCCACAGCUGCAUUUUUUCCUGUGGAUCUGAUCAGCAUACAGUAUCUACAACAAACAGGUCGAGAAGAAGACAAAGUGAAGUACAUUCAGCAGUAUUUAGAAGCUGCUGGGCUUUUCAGGGAUUUCAGAAACACAGAGCAGGACCCAGAUUUUACCCAGGUGGUAGAAUUGGACCUCAACACAGUGGUGCCAUGUUGCAGUGGACCAAAGAGACCCCAGGAUAAAGUAUCUGUUUCUGACAUGAAAACUGACUUUGAAAAUUCUCUGGGAGCCAAGCAAGGGUUUAAGGGCUUUCAAAUACCUCAGGGACAUCAUAAUGACAAAGUUAAAUUCUCCUAUCAAGACGCUGACUACGAGCUCAGCCACGGCUCUGUUGUCAUAGCUGCUAUCACUAGCUGCACAAACACCAGCAACCCUUCUGUCAUGCUGGGUGCAGGAUUACUAGCCAAAAAAGCUGCAGAAGCUGGCCUGACAGUGAAACCAUACAUCAAGACAAGCCUUUCCCCUGGCAGUGGUGUUGUUACGUACUACCUUCGAGAUAGUGGUGUUAUGCCUUAUCUUUCCAAGCUUGGAUUUGAUGUUGUAGGAUAUGGAUGUAUGACCUGCAUUGGAAACAGUGGCCCCUUACCCGACUCUGUUGUAGAAGCCAUUACUCAGGGAGACUUAGUUGCUGUAGGUGUGUUAUCUGGUAAUAGAAAUUUUGAAGGCCGCGUUCAUCCAAAUACUCGUGCAAAUUACCUAGCUUCUCCACCUCUUGUCAUUGCCUACGCCAUAGCUGGGACCAUCAGAAUUGACUUUGAGACAGAACCACUGGGCAAUAAUGCUGAUGGGAAACCUGUAUUUCUCAAAGAUAUCUGGCCCACCAGAGAUGAAAUACAGGCUGUGGAGUGCAAAUAUGUUAUACCAGGAAUGUUCAAAGAAGUCUAUGAAAAAAUUGAGAAAGUGAAUGAGAGCUGGAAUAAUUUGAAAGCACCAACUGAUCAGUUUAUAUCCUUGGGAUUCGAAUUCAACCUACAUCAAAUCUCCUCCUUUCUUCGAUAACUUGACAAUGGAACUUGUGCCUUCUAAACCCAUCAAUGAUGCCUAUGUCCUCCUAAACCUGGGUGAUUCUGUAACUACUGACCACAUUUUCUCCUGCCGGGAAUAUUGCAAGAAAUAGUCCUGCCGCUCGCUAUUUAACCAAUCGGGGUUUAACUCCAAGAGAAUUCAAUUCUUAUGGGUCACGUAGAGGGAAUGAUGCUAUCAUGGCUAGAGGCACAUUUGCCAAUAUCCGCUUGUUUAACAAGUUCAUCAACAAGCAGGCUCCUUUAACUACCCAUUUUCCUUCCAAUGAAACGCUUGAUUUUUGAUGCAGCUGAGAGAUAUCAACAGGCUGGCCAUAAUUUAAUCCUCUUAACUGGUAAGGAAUAUGGAUCUGGGAGCUCCAGAGACUGGGCAGCCAAAGGACCUUUCUUGCAGGGUAUUAAAGCUGUCCUUGCUGAGAGCUAUGAGCGCAUUCACCGCAGUAACCUAGUUGGAAUGGGUAUAAUCCCUCUACAGUAUUUGCCAGGAGAAAAAUACAGAGGCACUAGGACUCACUGGUAAAGAGCGUUACACCAUUCUUAUUCCUGAAGACAAAGAUCUCCGGCCUGGCAUGAAUGUUGAGAUAAAGCUUGAUACAGGAAAAACGUUUGACGCUAUAAUGAGAUUUGACACCGACGUGGAGCUCACUUAUUACCGCAAUGGAGGCAUCCUGAAUUACAUGAUCCGUAAAAUGGCUAACUCUGUUUAA